AUGACUGUGGAGGAGGCUUCUGCGAAAAUCUUACAGACAGACCCUACCUCCAGAGAAAGCAUGGAGGAGGGACGAUCUGGUAAAGACCUCCAGAGAAAAUGCCUACCAAUUACAUCUCCUAUAAUCCCGCUUUAUUGUUGCAUCAUCAUUAUUAUGGUCCUAGCUACAAUUGUGAUGGUACUUUCCACUUUUUUGGCAGUGAGAAACACGAAGCCAGUCUCAUAUGUUCUGUAUGUUACCUGCCCAAAAGAAUGGAUUGGAUUUGGAAGUAAGUGUUUUUAUUUUUCUGAAGACACAAGGAAUUGGACAUUCAGCCAGGCAUUCUGUACCUCAUUAGAAGCUGUUCUUGGUCAGUUUGAAACCGAGGAGGAGCUGAACUUCCUGAAAAGAUAUAAAGGCCCUUCUGACCAUUGGAUUGGCCUUAGAAGAGAAUCAUCACAUCAGGUUUGGAAAUGGACAGACAGCACUGAAUACAAUGCCUCGUUUGUUAUCAAAGGAGUUGGGGAAUGUGCCUACCUGAAUGACAUUGGACUUAGUAGUGCCAGGAGCUACACAGAUAGAAACUGGAUUUGCAGCAAGACAAAUAAUAAUGUCACCUUGGAGUUAAAUACUUUAAGGACUUUUUAA